AUGAAACAAAUAGCUUUGGUGUUACUUAUUGUUUCGUCUUUUCUCAUCAGUUAUUCCAAUGGUUCAGCCAAUGUACAUACUUCCGAUACAUACAUUGUUGAUGGUUCAGGACGUGUAAGACUUUACCAUGGUCUCAAUCUUGUCAUGAAAGGGUUUCCAUGGUAUCCAUCGGAACUACUUGAUCCAAUCAGAGUUGCGAAUUUAUCACAAUGGGGCAUCAAUUUUAUUCGACUAGGGAUGAUGUGGGCUGGUGUUGAACCUGAACCACAAAAAUACAAUGUUACUUAUUUAAAUAUAAUGAAAAAUAUCAUUGAAUUACUUGAAUCAAAUCAGAUAUAUGUUUUAUUAGAUAUGCAUCAAGAUGUAUUAUCUAGCCGAACAGGAAGCUACGAUGGUAUACCAGCAUGGCUAUUUGAUCGAUUUCCUCCACCAGCUCAUCCAUAUCCGUGGCCGCUGAAAUCAACAUCAGGUAGUUGGUUUGAGCUCUAUUUGACAGAAGCAUGUGCUCAUGGAUUUCAAUGUUUAUAUGAUAAUACGGCUGGUGCUGCUGAAUCUAUGGGUAAUUUCUGGCGAUUGGUCGCUAGUACUUAUAAGAAUCACUCCAAUGUACUCGGAUACGAACUAAUCAAUGAACCUUGGGCAGGUAAUUAUCUUGAAAAUCCGGCCAUCCUUCUACCAGGUAUUGCUGGCGCGAAAAAUCUACAACCAUUCUAUGAAACAAUUGCCAAAUAUAUUCGUUCAGUCGAUAAUGAUACAUUGAUUUUCUAUGAACCAGUCACUUGGGGUGUUCGAUUAAAUGGUAAAUAUGUUGGUACUGGAUUUACACAUGUACCAGGCGGUGAUGAUUAUCGCAAUCGAAGUGUUCUUUCUUAUCACUACUAUUGCAUAAUUUUAUCGGUUGUACCCGUUCCAGGCAAUAGUACAAUUCCAAUUUUUGAUCGAGUUCUUUGUGAUGAUGUUGAAGGACCAGCUGUUUUUAGUUCUGUUGAAAUUGAUCUUGCUCAAAUAGGUGGUUCAUCGUUUCUAACUGAAUUCGGUGGUUGUGAUGAAUCACCAACAUGUGAUGAACAACUCGAUUGGGGUCUGGAUGGUACCGACGAAUUUUUACAAUCAUGGGCUUAUUGGGGUAACUAUUUCGAUCAUGAGCCAACAAUUAAACGUUUAUCACGCGUGUAUGCACGUGCUAUUGCUGGAAAGCCUCUAGCAAUGCAAUACAUAGCUAGCCAACGUUCAUUCUAUUUAUCGUAUUAUGUUGAUCCAACCAUCCAACAACCUACUGAAAUCUAUGUAUCUCCAUUGCAAUAUCCGACACAGAGCUUUAAUGUCACUGUUAAUAAAGCAUUAAAAUGGACCAUGGAUCCAUCAAAUGCGAAUAUUAUUCUUGUUCAACCGAAUGAACAGUUUGUAAAGAGUAAAGAUCAAGCUAUUAUUGGUGUUGUCGAAGUUCAUCCAGCUAUGUGA